AUGUCCGGAAUCGAGCGCCACGCAGGCGACGGCUCGUCGUCGAGUCCGCCGUCGGCUCGAACUCCUCGCUUGGCGUUCCCCACAACUCGCGCGCGGCCGACAUCCAUCGUCGACACCACCACAACUUCGGUCGAAACAACAGCCGAGGUCGUCCUCUCGACGUCGCCGGCCUCAUCAAUCGCAUCGACCGGCGCUUCACCACGAAAGCACACCCAGUCAGCCGCCGACCGGCUCGCGUCUGCCCAAGCCAAGGAUGCUGCUGCCGCUGCCAAGUCGCACCGCCCUCGGACCGCGUCCAGCACGUCCAGGUCUAGCGGCGAGGGGAGCCGUCCGAAGCUGCCCUCCCUGCUGCAAGCCACCACGACCGCAAGGCCAGCCGCAGCGACGCCCGUCACGAGCACCUCUCUGGAUAGCAGCAAGAUCGAGGAACCUUCGUCCAAGCCUUCCAGCCCACCUCGCGCCGCCACGCCCGCCCGUGACACCGACACCCAAGCAAUGUCCCGCCGUUCCUCUCGUGACCAAUCUUCUGCACCAAGCACCAAAGUCGCGGGCCCCAGCACGCCCAAAAAGCCCACACCCGGUGCACCCAAGACCACACCCGAUGCACCACCCCUCGUCGCCCUCCUCUCCGACUCAUCCACCUCCAAGCUCAUCAAGCAGGGUGCCGAGGCCAAGGUGUACAUCUCGCGCAUCGCUACGGACAACAUCCUCAGUUGGCCCCAACCCCGCUCGUCAACGCUGCAGUCGAGGAAGGUGGAGCCGCCAGCGGACGUAUUGUUGAAAUGGCGCUUCCCAAAGACGUAUCGACACCCGACGUUGUCCAGCAGCAUCACGGCGAGUCGGACGAUCAUGGAGGCGCGCGCACUGUUGCGGUGCGCCAAGGCAGGGGUGGCGGUGCCUGCGGUGAGGUGUGUUGAUGAGAAGGAGGGGAUCCUGGGGCUCGAGCUCAUUGCAGGGAGGAGCGUGCGCGAGUGGCUCGGUGGUGGGGCUGAAGGCGAAGAUGAGACCAUCGUCGACGAAGAAGAAGCGGUCGCAGCGGAGGACGACGAAGAGGUAUUGAGCGAAAACGAUCAGAUCAAGCUCAUGUGUCUGAUCGGAAAACAGCUCGCCAUCAUGCACGAGGCCGACAUCAUCCAUGGCGAUCUGACCACGUCCAACAUGAUGCUUCGUCCUGCCUCUGCCCAAUCGGGUGCAUCCAAGGUCGAUUUGAACCACGACGAGGUGGUGCUGAUCGACUUUGGCCUGUCGUCCGUGUCGGCAUUUGCCGAAGACAAGGCGGUGGACCUGUACGUGCUCGAGCGCGCCUUUGCGUCCACCCACCCGGCGUCCGAAUCGCUCUUCAAGACCAUCCUCGACAGCUACGCGGAGGAAGUCACCGCCCGAUCCGCCGGCAAGAGCCGCAGCAAGGGCGGAAAACUCAACAAGUGGGAGGAGACCCGACGCAAGCUCGAAGAAGUUCGCAUGCGAGGCAGAAAGAGAUCCAUGGUGGGAUCCGUUCUGUGGAAAGACAACUGGAACACGCGCCUGGUUUUCAACGUGCAGCUGUCGGUGCAGCUCGAAUGUCACGGUCUGCGCUCGCUGCCGGGUCUCAUCGGGUCGGUGCGGUCUCUGCGGCCGAGACACGCGCUCGCCCUGCUCCCCCGCCGCUCCAACUCAACCCGUCGUGCAGGGGAGGGCGAGUGGCACGCCCUCGCCACACGCAUGGACGACGAACUGGACCACAUCGGGUCCGCACGCCUGCUCGCCUCGCACACGCCGCACGAGAGCUGCGCGCGCACACCGCCCAACGAUGGACCGUGGAUCAACCUCCCCCUGGUUGGGCUCAGAAGCGUCGUGGUGCGCAAUGUGCCGCUCGCAAGGACGGCGGAGAAGCUGGUUGAGGGGGCUCUGACGAGGGCGUUGGAGGUGGUUGAGUGGGUCGUCCCCGCGUCGCAUGGGAAGAGUAAGACCGAUUGA